AAUGAACAUGUAGAUGUGCUCAGCAGGUAGAAUAGGAUCAGGCCCCUUGCAAUUUGCCCAGUCACACAGCAAAUAGGAUGCAGAGCUGCACACGGAGCCCAUUUCUCCUGGUUCUCUCCAGCCGCUAGAUCACAGCUUCACGGAGAUUGAGCAUCCUAAUGCAAAGGACAGGGAGGAGGCAUGUAAACAGACCAGCUUAUUUGACUAGCUCGAUCUCUCUCAACCGCCAGGGAUGAAUCACUGAACAGCACACAAUCAAGGAGGGAGCGAGGCGGCAGGAGAAGGCAGCUGCAGUGAUGGCACAGCACUGACGUCCCCGACACCAACACACCUGCAGGCAUUGAAGUUCUGGGGAUGUGAAAAGCGGAGGAAGAAAAACAAACACCGUGAGGCCGUAUCGGCCUGCUUAUGAAGUAGAGGAACCGAUCUCUGGAUCUCAUCCUGAAAGAGGAUGUAUGGCUACAGGCGGAGUCGGAAAGACCAUGUUCAGCGGGCUCCAGGGAGGCAGCUGAGCUCAUCUGGUCCCGCUUAGCUGGAUGCAGGGAGCAUAAGCAGGUACCUUCACGCAUAACCGUGAGCAGCGCCGCUUCCCCAUUUCCAUCUUUCUGCCCACUCUGAGGCCCCAAGCUGCCUGUCUAAUCCCAAGCAGGAUUAGACCCCACGUUGCAAGAGAUCCUGCAAGAGGGUCGCAGAGACAGGAGCCAAGAUCUCAAACUAAGUCAGCAGGUCUCUGGGGGAAGCCGCCCCAGCCCACAGGGCACCAUGGAUCGGUUCCGGAUGAUCUUCCAGUACUUCCAGUCUAACUCCGAGUCGGUGAUGAAUGGGAUCUGUGGGCUUCUCGCCCUGGCCAGCGUGAAGAUUUAUACCUCCUUUGACUUCAACUGCCCCUGCCUGCCCAAGUACAACACGGCGUACGGGAUGGGGAUCAUGUUUGUGCCUCCCAUUGCCCUUUUUCUCUGUGGCCUCAUUGUCAACAGGCAGUCUGUGGUGAUGCUGGAGGAGUGGAAGAGACCGACGGGGGGAAGAAAGAAGGAUCUGGCCAUCAUCAGGUACAUGUGCUCCUCGAUCAUUCAGCGAGCCAUGGUUGCUCCCAUUGUCUGGAUCAUAGUCACCCUCCUCGAUGGCAAAUGCUUCAUCUGCGCUUUCAGUGGCUCCAUUGACCCUGAGAAGUUUGCAGGCUUUGCCAACCUUACCCAGAUGCAGACACAGCUCCUCCUCUCCAAAGUGCCCUGCAAAGACGAUGAACUCAUGAGAAACAACACCUCCCGGAAGGCCGUCUCCAGGUACCUGAGAUGCUGGUCGCAAGCCCUGGGCUGGAGUAUCCUGUUGCUCCUUAUCGUGGUGGCUUUCCUGGCCCGCUGGCUCCGACCCUGCUUCAAUCAGGCUGCCUUUGUGCAGACGCGCUACUGGAGCAACUACAUCGACAUGGAGCAAAAAAUCUUUGAGGAGACCUGCUGCGAGCACGCCCGGGACUUCGCCAACAAGUGCAUCCUCCACUUCUUCGAGAGCAUGCGAAAGGAGAUCAAGCUGCGGCACUUCAAUAUGCCUAGGGGGGAAGAAGAGGCAGAUCACCUGCGGGGGAUCACAGACCAGGAGCAAGUGAACAAGCUCCUAAAAUCGUGGUACUCCGGCAAGCCGCCCUUAGAUGUGAGCCAGACCACCCAGCGGCAGCCCUUGGGCAAGGAGAGAGCGUGCACAUCCGUGCCCUGGGUGGACACUGUGAAUAACAGGUGGGCAGCUGCCCAGAAGGCCAACGUCUCCAGGCAAACAGACGUUUAGAGAGGCACGGUCCUGCCGAAACAUCUUCUCUACAAGAGAAGCAGGUCCCAAGGAGCAGUCCGAUGGAGAGAUAGGACAGAGCUGCUCCAGCUUUCCCUAUGCUGGCGACAUUUCAGCUCCCUGAGCCAAUAUUUCAGAACAGUGCCAACACAAUGAGAAGGGCAGUAGACACUCUUGCAUUAAUAUACAGAGGUCCCAAGGACAAUCAUGACUGCUGCUGAUUGAUUUCCACAUGGCUUUGUGCCGGUCAUUCAUCUUAACC